UGACGUCAAGGGGACAUAACUGCUAAUGGCGACAAGCCGAACGGCAGCUGAUGGCCGCGACGUCAAUUAUUGAAACAAACUUGAUUAUUUACGGCUUACUUUCACAGAACUUUCCAACAUAUUACGUUUAAUUUUACAUUGCUUUUCGCUCCGAAAUCUCGUUUGCUUUCUGUUGUCUUUCCAUGAUGCAUCUGUCUAUCCCUGACACAAAAGAAUUCCAAGACAAAGAUGGAACAGGGACCUACACAGCCUUUAACAUCCACAUCAAUGGUGCUUUCCACUGUACAGUACGGUACCGGCAGUUACACCAUUUGCAUGAACAGUUAAAAAAACAGUUUGGAGCCAGUACCUUACCUCCGUUCCCACCGAAACGACUAUUGUCUCUGUCUCAAGCACAAUUGGAUGAGCGGCGAAUCAGUCUGGAACGUUAUAUUCAGAUGGUGAGCCAAGUCCCUGAGAUAGCAUCAUGCAGUAUAUUCAACAGCUUCUUGUUAAAUGCUCAACAGGAAAGUAUGCAGCAAAUAGAAGAAUCUGUGAAUCUAGAAGUAUACCUUAUGAACGACCAUAAAUUAACUGUAAAUAUUACAUCAACAGACCAAACAGAAGACGUGUUAGAGUUUUUCAUUCCUCUUUUUUUCUGUUUCUAUUCCUUGUGUGUAUAUAUGUGUGUAUACGUGCAAGUCCUUGUGCAUGCCCACAUCCUUUGUGUGUGUAUCCCCUAUGUUUUUCUCAUUCCGCUUUUUUCUAUUUCUUUUCAAGUAAUUCGUAAACUUCAAGAUUUCGAAUCCCCCUACAUCUCUUUAAAAGCAUUAAACAAAGAUGGACCUCAUUGUAUUGUACUCCGGAAAAGCUACUGGGACAUGCAGUACGAUAAUGACCUUCUCAAUAACCGAGUGACAUUGUCCUUGCUCUACACACAGGCAGUAAACGAUAUUGAACAACAAUGGAUUAUAGCCACAAAAGACCAAUUUUUACAACUAUCAGCAUUACAGCAAAAAGGAUCCAAAAAAGAUUAUUUACAGUUUGUCCGUACCCUAAAGUAUUACGGUUACAUGCACUUCCGGCCAUGCAUAACAGAUUACCCUGAAAAGAAAACCAAUGUUUUGAUUGCUGUGGGAAAUGAAGAAUUAAAUUUCAGAAUCCAGACAGGCAAGGACCAAUACAAAGAAGGCUCUUUUAAAAUCACGCGAAUGAGAUGCUGGAGAAUCACGACAAUAUAUGCUGACAGAGAUAAUUGUAGUAAAAAGGACAUGAAGCCACAAUUGGAAAUAUCGUUUGAGUAUCAGCUAUCCAGAGAUAAGCUUCAGUGGAUUAACAUCAAAAGUGAUCAGGCAAUCCUAAUUAGCAUGUGCUUGGAAGGAAUGGUGGAUGAAUUAGUAAGAAAGAAAAAAGGGAAAAAAAUUAAAAAACCUCAAGACCGAAUGCAUUAUACAAGGGGAGAUUACUUGAACAGAGACAAUACGUCACCAAUUAUUUCCAAUCAAAAUAUGAGUCGAACCUUCAGUGAGCCAGCUGGAUUAUAUUUAUACUCUGAACUUUUGGAAAAUGACUACCAACAGAGCGCCAUCAACAAAGCUGUAGAUUCUGUGAAAAAGAUAUCUGACAAAUUUGCCAAUGUUUCAUUCAAGGCAUCACGAGAUGGUCAAAACAUCCAAAGUGUUUUGGAAAAUAACGCAUUUGAAGAAAUAGGAGAUGACGAUCUCUGAUUCUUCACGAUUGCUGUGCAUCAGCCGAGAUUCCAGUUUCCUAUCAUUCUAAUCUUCCUUGAUAACCACAAGGGCCAGCAAGUAUCAUUCCAGAGCAACCUGCUUGUGCCAGGUCAUCGAAUCGCUUCAGAAGACAUAUAGCUAUUUUUAUAAAACCUCAAAUAUAUUAAAAUGGAAAGACAAAAAAAAAAAAGGACACAGAAAAUGACUCGAAUUAUUGGAACAUUGUAGGAUUGUUACAUCUUUUGAUGAUGUUCUGGGAGAUUAUGUGCAGUAGGACAGAACACAUAUGCUUUUACCAAUUUUGCUAUCCAUUUAAAACCUGACAUUUGUCAAUUCAUUUAGAAAACACACUUGGUUCUUUGCUAGUCAAAACAAGUUGCACUAAUCCUCUAGAAUCAGUUCAACUGGUCCAUUUUCAAAUAUAUCUAUACAUAUAUUUCAAAAUCUUUGUGAUAUCCGAUAUAUAUAUAUAGCUCUGAUAUAUGUGUAUCUGAUCUAUAUGUAGAUCUGAAAUUAAAUUUUAAUACAUUUAGAUAUAUUUUCUCUGAUAUCUGGGAGGGAAAUUAUAACUAAUUAGAAGAAUAUGUAGCCGAAUGAAGAAAUUAAUGUAAAUAUAAAAUUUAUCAAAUGAAAAUCUGCUUUCUGAAAAAAGAAGAAAAAAAAAAUGCAGUAUAAAUGUU